CUGCUGUGAUUAGGAAAACCUGUGGACCCACCACAAGGGACGAGCAUUUCAGCGAAGAAGCGGUUGAUAAAACAUGAUUUUAAUGGAGAAAGCCAACUAGAGGCGACUAUGGUGUAACAUUCAGAACGUUGAGGCCUUCUGAAAAAAAAAUCUGUCAUUUUUACUUGAAAACAGAUGGGUAGGUGUAAACUAAGCUAUUUUUAACUUUUUUGAAAGUUUUCAAGUAUUGGAGUCGUUUGCAACCAAGAUUUUACUGUCUCGGCUCUUGGGAAGAUGGCUGACAGAUCGCAGACUCCGGAGAUCCAAAGCCGGCCAUAUGACUUUAGUCGGGCCCGCGCUUGCAGCACCCAUGUUUUGGGUCAGGAAGGUAUGGGCAAUGCUUCGUCUUUCCAGCUUCCUCACGGGGUUUUACCAGACCCGAGUCUGUUUUACAGCAAACAUACCUACGGAGCGAUCACACCCGCAACCACACAAUCGUUCCUCCCGUUUCCACCCGUCGCCAGCGACUACAGGGGAUCGGAUCUGCAGGUUGGGGACUUCGGGCAGCCAAAGCAUUGGUUUCCCUUUGCUGCACCCGAGUACACCGGCCAGGUACCCGGCGGGACUGCCGCCACCCAGCCCACAAACCCGAGCCCUCAGAUGGCUGAGACUCGGGAGCAAAUCCGAUUCCCCGAAAUCAAGACUGAGGAGGACAAUGGAGAGGGUUAUGCCACCGAGAUGAAGGUGCAACAGUAUCCGACUCCUGCACCUUCUACAGGUAUGACUCAUGGAGUUUUCUACGCCCCAGCUUGGAACCCUUCCUUCUGGCCCGGGAUCACGCACAUCACCCCACCAGGAAGCAAUAAUCAAAACCCCUCAGCAUCCUCGGCGUCGUCCCCGUCAUUGUCCCCCUCACCCCCAAGCAACGGGAUCCAGGGGAACACAUUUUUUAGCGUGAACUCAAACCAGGUUUCUUCUGAGCCCCAGGCGCAGAACCCGGCCUCCAACACGCGGAGCAGCGGAUCAUCAAGUGGGGGCUGCAGCGACUCUGAAGAGGAGAAUCUCACCACUGAAGAACUGGAGCAGUUUGCCAAAGAGUUGAAACACAAACGCAUUACUUUGGGGUUCACUCAAGCAGAUGUUGGCCUUGCGCUAGGUAACCUUUAUGGCAAGAUGUUCAGCCAGACAACCAUUUGCCGCUUUGAGGCUCUGCAGCUGAGCUUCAAGAACAUGUGCAAGCUGAAACCCCUUUUGCAGAGAUGGCUGGAUGAGGCAGAAACUUCGGAAAAUCCUCAGGAUAUGUACAAGAUUGAGCGAGUGUUCGUUGACACCAGAAAGAGAAAGCGAAGGACUAGUCUGGAGGGAGCAGUGCGUUCUGCUUUGGAGGCCUACUUUAUCAAAUGUCCCAAGCCCAACACUCAGGAAAUAACUCAGAUCUCAGAUGAUCUGGGCCUGGAAAGAGAUGUGGUGCGUGUUUGGUUCUGCAAUCGAAGACAGAAGGGAAAGCGUCUGGCCCUGCCGCUGGACGAGGAGUGUGAAGGCCAAUACUACGAGCAGAGCCCCUCACCACUGAACAUGGCCCCUUCCCCCAUUCAAAGCCAAGCGUACCCAUCUUCCAGCUACACUGGAGCACCUCCUCCCGGCCUCUACAUGCCCCAGCUUCACCGACCCGAUGUCCUGAAACAGGCUCUGCACCCUGGACUGGUUGGUCACCUGACUGGAUAAACUGGUGGGUAGUCUCCCAGCCAGACCACAGCGUUCCCUCUCGAGUAUCCAUCUAAACCAAACCUGAGCUGAAAAUUGGGUCUGAUUCCAGUUGCCUGGAUAAUUGGAAACAUGCCAAAUCUAAGAGGUUUCUUUUUAACUAUAAAAAAAAAAAAAAAUGUGUACAAUAGGCUUUUAAUCAGAAGUGUUUAAAACUGACAGUGCCUUUCUUUUCUUGCAUUGUGGAUAAGUUAAGCCCUCUUUGCAGAUUUGUACUCCAGUUUUUAGUAAGGAUGUGAAGUGAGAAUGGGGUUAAAGCUUUUUAAUACUGCUCAACCCAAGAGCAGGUUUAACUUCAAAUAUUUGAGUUCUGUCUAUAUUUGUGCAAUACUUUAUCUGGAAAUGGCAGCUGUUAGCGACAAAGUAUCUUGGAUAUAUUUUUGCACAAACUUGUAAUUUUCAAUGUCACAUCAAAUACUACUUAGGAUUUAAGGUUGCACACAUUAAAAGCUAAAUUAAGGAGAUUUUAGAAGGGGAAAAUGGAAAGUGUUUCAUCACUUUUGGUUGCCAACAGGUUUUACAAGGUUCCUCUUGCAGUCUUCAAACUUACUUUAUUUUAUGACUAGAUCGCUGUUUACUUUGGCUGACAUCCAGUAAAAAUUAAAUUGCUUCCAUCUGAUGAUUAGCUCAGCUGAAGGUGCUCACUAGGAUUGCAUUUUAGAAGUGAACUUUUUAAUUACAUGUUAAUUUUCUUUGCUUUACCAUGUACAUCAAGUCCUCAAGUGCCAUUGAAUUAUGACAACAAUGAACUAGACUUGUUUUGAAUCAUAUUUCUCUUUACCUUUCUUGUUUCCUUGAAAACCUGACAUCUGUGCAUCUGUAACAUUUACUGCAGCUAUUAGCUUUUAAUGUGAAACUACUAAAAUUGACAAAGAAUUCUAAUAUAUUGAAUUGUGGCAGUGAGAUAAAUCAUCUGAAAACACUCGAUGGAAUUAACAUUUGCUUAAGUUUGCUUGUUUUUUUUUUUCUUAAAUGUUUGUACAUGUAAUGAAUUGUCUUUUCUCAUCUGAUGGUGAUUUUGUUUUUAAUCUUUUUCUAACCUGUGUAAUGUAAAUCAUUUUAGGAAAAUGAAGGUUUCAAGUUUUAUUCUAUUCAUCAAAAUUGCUCAAAAAUUGGCUUAACUUUAUUGGUCAUUCAUCUUUGAUUGGCCUCAAUACUUGUACUAGAUGUCAGAAAGCGGUUACACUACCAAAUUGGAAGCCAAGAUUAAUGUUCUGAUGAGUAGAGCAACAAAAUCAUAAAACUUUGUCAACUGUU